AUGAGUCAAAGUUUUAUCAAUGCAUUAAUCAACAAUCCAGUCUUUAUUAUGGCUAUUGUCCCUAUAUUGCUUGCCGUGGGAUACUACUUGCGUAAAAGCUGUUGUCCAUUAACGAAAUCAGCUGCAUUGCAGAUAAGCAGCAUGGCAAAAGGCAAGAAUGAAAAAUCUGCAACAAUCACUUCAGCCCAAAAGAUGGCUGAAAGGCCAUUUGGGCAUUGGGAACCUGAUUACGAUUUUAAAACACCAACACCAAACGAAUAUAAGGGAUGGUCGUUAACCGAUACCAAGCCAAUUGCUUAUCGUGCAUUUAGACACAAGUAUACCGUUAAUAUGGGAAUUAGACCAAUGGACUGGGACAAUUGGAUUGAAUUGGAUAAUAAUUGGUUAAAGUAUCACAAUUUGAAGAAGGAACGUCUUGCUGAAAGAGGCGAUAAGUUGUAUGCUAUUGAUCCUUGUGCAAUGGAUGCAGCAUGGGAAGUUCUUGAUGAAUUGUGUCGGUACCUACCAGCUAGAUACCCUACAAUGUUUGAGUUUGAUAAAGACAAGAGAAUUAUGAAGAUUUUACCAACUAAAGAAGUAUUUGAUUUCAAUGAAGAAGGCUUCAACCCAAUUUUAACCUGUGGUUUGUUAAUUCAGGAUGAUAUUGUCAUUAUGGUUGAAAGUAAAAAAGAUGGUUCUUAUUCAUUGCAAGGUGGGUGUGCCUGUUUACCAGGAUUUUGGAAAUUGACUGAAAAGUAUAAAAUGACAUUGGACCAGCUUCAUACCGAAGCAGGAGUGCCUAAAUACAAGAGCCAUUUAGCUACUGGUAUGAACAAGUUUUUCCGUCGUUUAACGGUAGAUAAACCUGUUUUCCGUAACAAUUAUUUUCUUCAAUUGGAUGGAUAUUUAGGAUGGUCUAAGUCAUUGGGUGAUGAAGAUGAUGAUAAAUGGUUUGGCUGGAAAGUGGCCACUCCAGCAACUGACAUUUCUGAUAUUCAUUUCCGAAGUGAACGUCAAAGUUUGAGAAGAUUGCCUAUAAGUGGUGCCGUUAUUUUCACCGUUCGCUCUUAUUUCAUCCCCAUGACUGAAUUAUGUGAAGAGCCUUAUGUACCAAGAAGAUUAUUGAAUGGAAUUACUAGUUGGACUGAGGAUGUUGGUGAGUACAAGGGGUUCCAUAAAUUUAAGGAUAUUUUAUUGCCAUACUUGGAAGAAAAGGCCAAGGAGCAAGAGGAGCAAGGAUUGGAUUAUUCAAAAGAGCCUCAGAAUUUCCCAUAUGGUGCUUAG